AAACAUACACACGUAUUUAAUGUAAUAUCUAGGUGUACCGUUACAUAGGUCAAUAAUCUUUUCAUAGCGAUAUUGUUCAUUGCAAGAGCCUUAAGUGAAUCGAUUGAGGAAACCUGUCGACCUUGCAUUGUGUUAAGUGCCACCAGGCAUAGCAAGGACUAAGUAAGUGUUGAUUGAACCAAAGAAGGAUAUAAAUAUAUUUAGUAUACAUUGAAGAGUACGAUCGUUAAGUGGUUCAUAGGUACAGUCUGUGAACCGUUACCAGUCUUACUGUCCGUUGACAGUGUCCAGUAUUCUACACCGGUAACAGUUAUAAGAGCCGUACACUAACUGCAGUAGUUCUUACAAUGAGAUAUGUUGAGGCGAAUUUUUCGUUGUCGUAUCAGCUGUUUAACAGCCCUUCUAACUCUCAACGUUGUAGUAGUAACUAUACUCAUACUGCUGCAGUCAGGCGUAUUACGGAGCUUAUCUGAUUCUAUGGAUAAGCCCAGAGAUUUACCAAAUGAGAACAAACACCCUAAAGGACAACCAACGUUUAAGUAUAACGAGGAAAUCGUGGGUGUUCCCCUAAGUUACGACGACAUCGAAGAGAAUCGCGUGAAACAAGCAGGAGGUAUCGAUACAAACAGAUAUGAUCCUGCAAAACCGAUUGAUUUUAUUCCACCAGUGCCAAAAUUCUCUGUUUCUGACGUCGUUUACCGGUUGUCGGAUAGAAUACAAAAUAAAAAUCUAGAGCUCGACAAAACGAUUUAUUCUUAUAAGAUAUUGAUAUUAACACCGUUACAUAAUAGUGAGAAGACUUUGUUUAGAUUUGCACGUGAGAUCCGCGAACUACAAUAUGCACAUGAGUUGAUAUCAAUAGCUUUUGGAGAAGACGGUAGUACGGACGGAACAGUAGAGGAAGCUAAACUUGUCAUAGAGGAGUUGAGGACGUCUGGGUUUCGAAACAUCAGUUUUUAUCAUUUUGACAUUGGUCAACAAGUAAGUGGCGACUGGGAAGAUAUUCAUCAACGUAUUCAACAAUAUAAACGUAGACAACAUUUAGCUAAAGCUAGGAAUUUAUUGUUUAAAAAGGCUUUAUCCGACGAAGACUAUGUAUUAUGGAUAGACAGUGACAUAGGCGACUUACCUCAAGAUAUAAUACAACAAUUGUUAUUUGCCAAGAAGGAUAUCGUCACACCCACGUGCUUAAUUAAGCAAGGACUAACUGUCAGAAAUUAUGACAAAAAUAUAUGGAGAGAAACGCCCCUUUCCCUAGAGAAUCAAGAACACAUGCGACCUAAUUAUCUGGUAAUCGAAGGUUAUGGUUCUACAUCUCGGAUAUAUUUACCCGAUCUACGUGGAGAAGGGCGUAUUGUCCCCCUAGAUGGUGUUGGUGGUUGCACUCUUCUGGUACGGGCAAAGUGUCAUAGAAAAGGUUUAGACUUUCCAGAAACUCUGUUUGACCACCAUAUUGAAACAGAAGGUUUAGCUAAAAAGGCAAAGACAAUGGGAUAUUCCGUUUAUGGCAUGCCAUUUGUAGAAGUGUUUCAUUUCUAAAUUAAAGUUUCUUCAAAUUUAA